CCCCCCUCCCCUCUUCAGACAUACGUACCAAACAGCCCCCGGGAGUUUCCAUACCAAUCAAAACUGUUCCAUCUGAGAAGAGCAAGGUUUUCCAAAUGGGUACUAAUAACAAAUGGAAAAACACUGCUCUUCUGGUCAUAGACAUGCAGAAAGAUUUCUUAUUACCAGGUGCUCCGAUGCUUGUAAAUGGUGGCGAAGCUAUUGUCCCUAAUGUUAUCGAGGCUGUUGAGGUUGCUAGACGCCGUGGCAUCCUCGUUGUUUGGGUUGUACGUGAGCAUGACCCUCAGGGAAGGGAUGUUGAACUGUUUCGCAGGCAUUUGUACUCUGCUGGGAAACCAAAACCGACCUCUAAAGGUAGUGUAGGGGCAGAACUAGUUGAUGGUCUAGUGAUCAAGGAAGAAGAAUAUAAACUGGUGAAGACGCGUUUCAGUGCAUUCUUUGCUACACAUCUUCAUUCGUUUCUUCAGGGCUGUGGGAUUAGUAAUUUAGUUAUCAUUGGUGUUCAAACUCCAAAUUGCAUCAGGCAGACUGUCUUUGAUGCAGUAGCAUUGGAUUACCCAUCUGUUGCUGUUAUUGUUGAUGCCACGGCUGCUGCAACACCUGACGUACAUGCUGUUUUUAUGAUUGGGAAUGCUUAAUAUUAGCAGUGGAAUAUUACAAUUUGGGAGUUGUGACAAUAACAGCACAUUCGUG